GUGGGUGGGGCGCGCGCAGCGCCUGCGUGCUCCCUUCCCCCGGAAGCGGCACCCGGGAAGCGCCACUUCCGGUUCCUGGGCGGUGCGGGCUGCUGGCGGGACGGGCGGCGCCAUGGCCGGCAUCAAAGCCCUGAUCACCCUGUCCUUCGGGGGAGCUGUCGGACUCAUGUUCUUGAUGCUUGGAUGCGCCCUUCCCCAAUACAACCAGUACUGGCCACUGUUUGUUCUGUUUUUUUACAUCCUUUCUCCCAUCCCGUACUGCAUAGCAAGAAGAUUAGUGGAUGACACAGAUGCUACUAGUAAUGCCUGCAAGGAGCUAGCAAUAUUUCUUACAACAGGCAUUGUUGUCUCGGCGUUUGGGCUACCAAUAGUGUUUGCAAGAGCAGAACUGAUUUACUGGGGUGCAUGUGCGCUUGUUCUUACGGGAAAUACAGUCAUCUUUGCCACGAUCCUAGGAUUUUUCUUGGUCUUUGGCAGCAAUGAUGACUUCAGCUGGCAGCAGUGGUGAAAGGAAGAUAAGAGAACUAUCACUGGCAUCGUGUCAUGCAGUGGCCAUCCAUACAAAUGAGAGAAUGGGCAAUAAAGAGAAGUAGCGUAGCAGCCUCUGGAGUAUUCUAGAUGCUCCUUUUCACCUUAUUCGUUCUGAGUGUACUACUGUUGCUGACAAGGUUUCUACAUUUUUAUGAUGUGGAGAGAUGAUUGAUUUCAUUUUUACCUAUGAUAUGUUUUUAGGUGCUGUCGGUUUAAAAUUGUCAUUCUUUUGUUUGGUGUUUAUGCGCAGCUUUAAAUCUGGAACAAGAACAUUUAAAUGUGAUUUCAAGGAAGAUUUAAAGUUUCGGGUUUUGUUUGUUUUAGUUAAGCAUUAAUACUGUGUUUCAAAUAACAUUUUUUAAAUGGUGAUUGAAUUGUAUACAAGCUGAGUGGAGGUAGAGAUUGUGCACCACCAUUGUCCAUUACCAGGUCAAUAGAUUGUCGCUAUAUUUUGGGAGAGGCGGGGGGCGUACCGGUUGCAGAUUUUUCUUCUGCCCAUACCUCAUACUCGGUGAUGAAUGUUGAUAGCCUUCAUUUCAAGAGAAGGCUGAGAAGCAGGUAGAGUUAUUUGGGAGAAGUCCUAAAUUUAAACACUGCUAGCACUUUUACCUGCUUUGUUACCAGUUCUUGUGUGGAUGUGACAUUCAAGUAUUCUGUAAAUGUAUUGAUGCUACGACAUGCAAAACAAAGUUGUAUUGCAGGGGAAGGGCAAAUGAUGUUUAAAUUCCAUUUUUUAAAAAAAAUAUCUUUUGAACUCUUUCUAUUUAUAAGUAUUGUAUGGUUUAAACUUUUAUGUCAGCUUUUUACCACAAAGAUGGUAAAGUGUUCAUUUAUGGAACUACUGGUCUGUGUUUAUUUGAAGCAUAUACAAAGCUAUUUCUUCCUUCCCCUUUUUAAUUUAUUUUAUACAUAGUAUAUAUAAAAUAAAACAGCUUUUCAAAUGUAAAUUAAAACCUUGUGUUAAACUUGCCUAAGAAUGAUACUAUUUUUUUCCCUUUCACACAAUGCAGUUGAGACGUGACUUUUUUGGAAGUCACUGUCUGAACUGAUUUCACUGUUUUUAAGUUCUUAUGCGCUAUCAGUUAAUAAGAGUUAAUGUUAUCUCUGUAACUGUAGCUUGUGUUCUGUAAGAUUGCACACGUAGCUUCAAACGUUUAAGACAAGUUUCCUGUAUACCUUUCAAUUGUCUGGAUUUUUCAUUUAAAGUAACCUGCCAUUAGACAUUCUGUCACAAAAUGGUUGAUGGAUGCGAGUUAACCAGGUUUGAUUGUACCAUGUGCAGUGAUAAACUUGACCAAACGUACUUCUAAACUAUAUUUUUGUUCAACUCUAGGAAACUUUCUGUGCAUAUUUAAAAGCUGUCAAUUGCAUAGGUCUUGCUCUACGGUGGAAGAGUAUGAAAAAGCACAGAGUUGCAGGUCUCAGCCGUAUUACCUGUGUGCAAAGUAUAAAAGCUUGAAUAUUUGAAGUCAGGUGGUAACAGUAGUUACUAAUGUGAUGUGCUCAAGGAACUUACAUAGCAGGCAGGGGCAGCAGGAGUGUCACUGUCUACCCAUGCUGCUUUGUUAAUCUUAUCCUGGGUGUAAAGUGAGAGCUGAAUUUUAUCUGUGCUGGUAGAGGAACAAAUGGCUGCCAAGACCGUAGCGCAGAAGCCAGUCUGUGGCAGCUGGUCUUCCAGCUAUCAGUAGAUGCUUCACCUGACUGCCUGUGAUGGUGACUUUUAGAGGUGCAUAAGGGCUGUACAAUCACUCGUUUUAUCGCCUUUUUCAGUGAGACGUCUGUGUCCCUGCCCCCAGCACAAUGGAUGCUUCAGAAAAUCUAAACCGGUGGCCAAAUUUGCAGUCCUUGCAGAGGAGGAACGCUUAGACUUGUACAAAUCUUUGGAAUCUGUUACCGACUCCAUUUUCGUGGUCAGGAACUGUUUUCUUUCUCAUUCCUGUGCUGAUAAGCCUGCUUCUCCAUGUGAUGCUGCUCUCUGCAUCGCUGGCCAUAGAGCUGACUGUAUGCACUGGUGGUGCAUUUUUUUGUAUGUUAAUUGCAUUACAGCAUUCCCUUCUUUUGCUUGCACACUGAGUGUGUGCAGUAUCACUCCGAUUUAUGAGCUAGAUAUUUGAGAGGUGUGAUUCUUCCAUAUAAUAUGCACUGAGAUAGCGUUACCAUCCUAGAGGGGAAACAAUAGAACAAUAUGGAACAAUAAAAGUUUUACAUAGCAAUCAUUUCUGUAUGUUUAA